CUGGGAAAUGGUGACAACAGCUGCCAUGCAGAAAUACCCCAAUCCCAUGAACCCCAGCGUGGUGGGAGUUGAUGUCCUGGACAGACACGUGGACCCUAGUGGGAAGCUGCACAGCCACAGACUGCUCAGUACAGAGUGGGGGAUACCCUCCAUUGUGAAAUCCAUUUCAUUUACAAACCUAGUGUCCGUAGAUGAGAGGCUUGUCUACAAACCACACCCUCACAAACCAGACAAAACGAUUUUGACACAAGAAGCAAUCAUAUCUGUCAAAGGGGUCAGUCUCAGCAGUUACCUAGAAGGGCUAAUGGCAAACACAAUUUCUUCCAAUGCUAAUAAAGGCCGUGAAGCAUUGGAAUGGGUAAUUAACAGACUGAAUGCUGAAAUUGAAGAGUUUGCAGCUUCAGCAAGAGGAACCAUGAGGAAUUCAAUGGCAGCAGCAGCAUUUGUAGAGAAAUGAUAGUAAAUACACCUGUGUUACUAACGAGGUUUAACAAACUGAAGCUUCUCUCCAAACCUAAAUACAUGUAUCCUUUGUUAUUUAAAGCCAUACAUGUAUUAGGCAUGUUUCAAAUGUAAAUUGGAGAAAAGCUGGAUUUGUACUAAUGAGGCUGAUGCACAGAGCCUCGUUAAUAUAUUGGUUCAGCUGGA